CACUGGGGGAGGCGGCGGCGGCGGCGGCGGCGUGGGGCUGCUGGAGGCGGAGGCAGAGAGGCGCGGAGGAGCGCGGGGCCGCCGCCACCGGCGCCCGAAGGAGCAGAGCCCCUGAAGGGUUUCAUCCCUGGAGAGUGGCAGGAGAACGUGGAGCUGUAGUUAACUUAAGCUGCCUCUGCUAAAGGAAACCUUGGCUUAGCAUUCCAAAGAGUCCCGUUGGAUCUGCUGAGCAGGCAAGGAUCAGUCAGUGGUUCAGGCCCUGGUGAUGGUCAGGUGUGUCCACAAAACGUGAAAGAACAUCUCUGCUUGGAAUCUGGUGAAAUUUGUAAGACUCCAGGGCCUUCAAGCUGUGAUUAAUCCCAUGGUUCCUGAAAUGACUGGGAAAGCAGACGUUUUGUGUGCCAGUUGAAGAGUGUAUGUCCAUGUAUAUUUAAAACCUUCUUUCUGUGCACACACCUUUACACGAGAAGGCAGGCUCAUUCUUGUGUGCACUUGAAGAGUUUUACAACUGAUGAAAAUUAAUUUAAGAAUCAGAUGGAGCAACUUGACACCACUGGGCUUGGGAGCCCGGGGAGAAAAAUACAUCAGUAAUGGCCAGUUUUCCAUAUGGUCUUCACGGGUGAAGAAGGUUUGCAAAAAGAAGAAAAAAAAACUUGCACAGAUUAGGCCUCAAAAAUACCUCUCCAGUUUAAAGAAGGAACUAAGUGAGAAGGUGACUGAGGGAGAAGUGUGAUUUCAAGCAUCGCAGAGGGGAGCAUGCAGUGCUUUUUGCACUUUAUUUUUCAGUGGGUCUGGUGAUUUGGACAGAGGUGAAAAUUCUGGACCGAAGAGUGGCUCUUACUGUGUGGUUAUGACUGGAGGGAAGCCAGUUAGGGUAUGAUGGGACAAGUUUGAACAGUGAACUGAUUCCUUUGCCUUUUUUCAGUUAACUGUAUUCCAGAAAUUUUAAUUUAUUACUUCCCUUUUCCUUUCCUAUACCUAUAGGAUAAUACCUUAAGGUAGCAGUUGAAACUGAUAAUUACAAACUAAUUAUCAAGGAGCAUCCGAGUAAAGCUUCUUUCCCUGGACUGUGCACGUGGCAUUUGGAGACGGUCUCUGGAGGUGAUCAGGAAGGUGCCCGUCAGCCGAACAUGGUCGCUUUGUAGGGAGACAGUGGGGAGGAAGCUGACUCUCACCUGUGUUUUCCGUUUUAAGGGAUUCUCUUCCGUGUUGAGGCUAGGAAUCUUUGUAUAUAAGAGGAAGGCUACUUGAUGGACUUAAUUCUGAGAUUAGUUUUUUUCCUUCAAGAUGGAAAAGUAUGUAAUCUUUACGAGUGGAAAGGGGAGAAGUGACUAGGGUAGGAAGGGAGGAGACACAGCCUGCAGCCCAGCUUGGCUCCCAUUUGCCAGCAGGAGUAUUUAGGAUUCGCGGGGGGCCCACACUCAGACUCCCUCCCGUGAGAGCUUUAGAGCCUUCUGGCUCUGCUGAGGGAAGGGGCUUUCUCACCCGCCUCUAUGGCACCGAGGGGUGCGUCGGCCUGCAGAGGGGCCCUCCCCGGGGACGCAGCCACCUGCUGGGAAGCCAGGUUGGCCUUCAAAGUUGGAGGUUUCUGGUUCUGAACAGUGGGGAAAGAGUCCUUUUUUCUCCUAAAAUUUGGACUGCUGUCUGCACAAACUCUGGUCUGUUUUGCACGGUUUGUGUGCCUUUUUUUCCCUUUAUGCAAUCUUUUUCAGCUUUAGCAGCAGAGAUUUGUCUAGUUGCGAAAACAAGCCAGAGGGUGGCUUCAGAAGGAAGAUGAUCCCCAUGUAUUCUGUCUCUGCAUCUGAGCUUUUGAAGAGAAGAUUCCAGCUCGAGGGAUUCUCAAAGCCUUAAGUUACUUGAAAUCUAUGUAUUUGCAGCCCUUUGUCUCUGGAAUCACAUUACACUAAACUGGAAUCUCAGGCUGAAUAAGAAGAACCAAGUUGAGUGAAAAGAAGAACACUCAGUUUCUUUAUCACCACUUGUUAACAAUGCUCUUUCUCCAAAGGGUCAGCCCCCUCUUCCUCUGAGGACUUGAACAUAAAAAUGGACCCCACGUUGUUUUUAAGCAUUACCUUUUCUUAGCGGACUGCCGUCAUCUUUUCUAGAGGAAUUUUUUCACUAUGCAUUUGGUGGAUCUUUAUAAAAUACUGACCUUCUAAUUAGAACCGGGUCAGUCUUAAAAGGGGGUCAGGGAAAACAGCGCAAGCCAACCACAAAAAUAACAUCGAUCUGUCAGUGGAAGCAAUUUUUCAGCAUUCAGCAUUACUUUUUAAGUAAAACGGUUCUUCAAAAAAAAGUAUGUAUGCAGCGGUGGAGCAUGGGCCUGUCCUGUGCAGUGACUCCAACAUCCUCUGCCUGUCCUGGAAGGGCCGCGUCCCCAAGAGUGAGAAGGAGAAGCCCGUGUGCAGAAGGCGCUACUACGAGGAGGGCUGGCUGGCCACGGGUAACGGGCGCGGCGUUGUUGGCGUGACCUUCACCUCCAGCCACUGCCGCCGGGACAGGAACACUCCGCAGAGAAUCAACUUCAACCUUCGGGGCCACAACAGCGAGGAGAGGAUCCCAGGGAGCUGUGAUGGAAGCCAAAUAACCGUUAGCAGCAGUUUCGAAUCGGCUGUACUUUAUGAGGGUUUGCUCAGGAAAUUUAAACAUAGAGAAGCAAAUUUGGUCGUGUUGGUGAGGUGGAACGAGCCAUACCAGAAGCUGGCCACGUGCGACGCAGACGGCGGGAUAUUCGUGUGGAUCCAGUAUGAAGGGCGGUGGUCCGUGGAGCUGGUCAACGACCGAGGGGCCCAGGUGAGUGAUUUCACGUGGAGCCACGAUGGGACUCAAGCGCUUAUUUCGUAUCGAGAUGGGUUUGUCCUGGUUGGUUCUGUCAGUGGACAAAGACACUGGUCAUCUGAGAUCAACUUGGAAAGUCAAAUCACAUGUGGCAUAUGGACGCCCGAUGACCAACAGGUGCUGUUUGGCACGGCUGACGGGCAGGUGAUCGUCAUGGACUGCCAUGGCAGGAUGCUGGCCCACGUCCUCCUGCAUGAGUCAGACGGCAUCCUCAGCAUGUCUUGGAACUACCCCGCCUUCCUAGUGGAGGACAGCAGCGAGAGUGACACCGACUCCGAUGACUACUCCCCGCCCCAAGAUGGUCCGGCGGCGUAUCCCAUCCCAGUACAGAGCAUCAAGCCGCUGCUCACCGUCAGCUUCACCUCAGGAGACAUCAGCUUGAUGAACAACUAUGACGACUUGUCUCCUACUGUCAUCCAGUCGGGGCUGAAAGAGGUGGUGGCCCAGUGGUGCACGCAGGGAGACCUCCUGGCAGUCGCUGGCAUGGAGCGCCCGACCCAGCUCGGUGACCUUCCCAAUGGCCCUCUUCUGAAGAGUGCCAUGGUCAAGUUCUACAAUGUUCGCGGGGAGCACAUCUUUACACUGGACACGCUUGUGCAACGCCCCAUCAUCUCCAUCUGCUGGGGACACCGGGACUCUCGGCUGCUGAUGGCGUCAGGACCGGCCCUGUACGUGGUGCGUGUGGAGCACCGGGUGUCCAGCCUGCAGCUGCUGUGCCAGCAGGCCAUUGCCAGCGCCCUGCGAGAGGACAAGGACGUCAGCAAGCUGACCCUGCCCCCCCGCCUUUGCUCCUACCUCUCCACUGCCUUCAUCCCCACCAUCAAGCCCCCAAUUCCAGACCCCAGCAACAUGCGAGACUUCGUCAGCUACCCGUCGACCGGCAGCGAGCGUCUGCACUGCACCAUGAAGCGCACAGAGGACGACCCCGAGGUGGGCGGCCCCUGCUACACGCUCUACCUGGAGCACCUGGGCGGGCUCGUGCCCAUCCUUAAGGGGAGGCGCAUCAGCAAGUUGCGGCCCGAGUUCGUCAUCAUGGACCCGCGGACAGAUGGCAGAUCAGAUGAAAUCUAUGGAAACAGCCUGAUUUCCACGAUGAUUGACAGCUGCAACUGCUCAGACUCCAGUGACAUUGAACUGAGUGAUGACUGGGCUGCCAAGAAGUCUCCCAAAAUCUCCCGAGCUAGCAAAUCACCCAAACUCCCAAGGAUUAACAUUGAGGCUCGGAAGUCCCCCAAGCUGUCGCGUGCGGCUCAGGAGAUAUCCCGGUCUCCUCGCCUGCCCAUGCGCAAGCCGUCCAUCGGCUCGCCCAGCCUGACGCGGAGGGAGUUUCCCUUUGAAGACAUCACUCAGCACAACUAUCUUGCUCAGGUCACGUCUAAUAUCUGGGGAACCAAAUUUAAGAUCGUGGGCUUGGCUGCUUUCCUGCCAACCAACCUCGGUGCAGUAAUCUAUAAAACCAGCCUCCUGCAUCUCCAGCCGCGGCAGAUGACCAUCUAUCUCCCGGAGGUUCGGAAGAUUUCCAUGGACUUUGUUAAUUUACCUGUCUUCAACCCAAAUGUGUUCAGUGAAGAUGAAGAUGAUUUACCAGUGACAGGAGCAUCUGGUGUGCCCGAGAACAACCCACCUUGCACCGUUAACAUCCCCAUCGCCCCCAUCCACAGCUCAGCUCAAGCGAUGUCCCCCACGCAGAGCAUCGGGCUGGUGCAGUCCCUGCUGGCCAACCAGAAUGUGCAGCUGGAUGUCCUGACCAAUCAGACCACAGCCGUGGGCGCUGCCGAGCACGCAAGCGACAGCGCCGCCCAGUACCCAGUGGCCAGCCGCUACUCCAGCCCUGGCCAGGUGAUCUUCGGGGGCGUGGAGAUGAGCCGCGUCAUCCCCAACCCCCCUCAGCUGUCCCUGCCGCCGCCAGCACAGGGGGCCAUCCAGCUGUCCGUGCUGGACCACGGGGACCGAGACCACGAGCACCUGCAGAAGCCAGCCAAGGCCCUGCGGCCGGUGCCACAGUUGGCUACCGAGGGGGACGCGGUGGUGUUCAGCGCCCCCCAGGAGGUCCAGGUGGCCAAGAUGAACCCCCCACCCCCCUACCCGGGAACCAUCCCCGCGGCCCCCACCACCGCGGCGCCACCGCCGCCGCCACCGCCCCCGCCGCCCCCGCUGGACACGUGCUUGAAGAAGGGCGACUUCUCGCCCUACCCUACGGCGGCGCACUACCAGCCGCCCCUGGGCUACGAGAGGAUCACCACCUUCGAUAGCAGCGGCAACGUGGAGGAGGUGUGCCGGCCCCGGACACGCAUGCUCUGCUCCCAGAACACCUACGCGCUCCCGGGCCCAGGCAGCUCGGCCACGCUGAGGCUCACCGCCACCGAGAAGAAGGUCCCGCAGCCCUGCACCAGCGCCACCCUGAACCGCCUGACGGUCCCGCGCUACUCCAUCCCCCCGGGGGACCCGCCCCCCUACCCGGACCUCGCCGGCCCGCUGGGCGCCCCCGGCCGCGGCGCGGGGCAGAGACCCGACGGCGGCCUCAUCCACGCCACACUGCGCAGGAACAACCGCGAGGCGGCGCUGAAGGCGGCGCCGCUGGCCGAGCCCCCGCGGCCGCCGCCGCACCCGCCCAGGCCCAAGGGCGCGGCGCAGUUCCCGGCGCGGCCCCCGCCCGCCCUGUACACCUGCAGCCAGUGCAGCGGCGCGGGCGCGGCGGGGAGGCCGGAGCCGGGCGCGGGGUCGCAGCCGGGCGUCGGCCUGGUGCACGCGGCCGGCACCUCCCCGCUGACUUCCCAGUCGUCCUACAGCCUCCUGAGCGCGGGCGACGGCGCCCGCGAGCGCGCCGACUACGUCAACUCGGCCUUCACAGAGGACGAGGCGCUGGCCCAGCACUGUCAGGCCGAGAAGCCGCUGAGGCACCCCCAGCUGAGCGAAGCCGCUGUGGCCGUGAAGCGGCCGCCCCCCUACCAGUGGGACCCCGUGCUGGGGGAGGAUGUUUGGGUUCCUCAGGAAAGGACAGCACAGACCGCGGUGCCCAACCCCCUGAAGCUGUCCCCUCUGAUGGUAGGUCAGAGCCAGCACCUGGAUGUGUCCCGAGUGUCCUUCGUCUCCCCCAAGCCUCCCGCCAGCCCUAUUGCCACUUUCCAGACAGGCUAUGACAUGGGAGUGCCCUAUCCGGGAGGCUAUAACACCUCCGCUUUGACGGGGGUGCAGGCUCCCUGCUCCCCGAAAGACGCUCUGGCCCCAGCACAGUUUGCACAACAGGAGUCCGCGGUGGUUCUUCAAACGGCCUACCCGCCCAGCCUCUCCUACUGCCCCCUGCCCCCCAUGUAUCCGGGAAGCAGCGCCUGCUCGAGUUUACAACUGCCACCCAUCGCCUUGCACCCUUGGAAUUCCUACAGCGCGUGCCCGCCCGUGCAGAACCCCCAGGGCGCUCUUCCUCCCAAGGCGCACUUGGUGGUGGAGAAGCCCCUCGUGUCCCCGCCGCCCACGGACCUCCAAACCCACCUGGGUACAGAGGUGAUGGUAGAGACAGCAGACAACUUCCAGGAAGUCCUCUCCCUGACGGAGAGCCCAGUGCCCCAGCGGACAGAGAAAUUCGGAAAGAAGAACCGGAAGCGGCUGGACAGCCGGGCCGAGGAGGGAAAUGUUCAGGCCAUCACUGAAGGCAAAGUGAAGAAGGAGGCUCGGACUUUGAGUGAUUUUAAUUCCCUGAUCUCCAGCCCCCGCCUGGGGAGAGAGAAGAAGAAAGUGAAGAGUCAGAAAGACCAGCUGAAGUCGAAGAAGUUGAAUAAGACAAAUGAGUUCCAGGACAGUUCGGAGAGCGAGCCGGAGCUGUUCAUCAGCGGGGACGAGCUGAUGAACCAGAGCCAGGGCAGCAAGAAGGGCUGGAAGAGCAAGAGGAGCCUGAGGGCGGCCAGUGAGCUGGAGGAGUUCAAGUGCAGGAAAGCCAGCGAGAAAGAGGACGGGCGGCUGGGCAGCCAAGGCUUCGUGUACGUCAUGGCCAACAAGCAGCCUCUCUGGAACGAGGCCACCCAGGUGUACCAGCUGGACUUCGGGGGGCGGGUGACCCAGGAGUCGGCAAAGAACUUCCAGAUCGAGCUGGAGGGGCGGCAGGUGAUGCAGUUUGGAAGGAUUGACGGCAAUGCGUACAUCCUGGACUUCCAGUACCCCUUCUCCGCUGUGCAGGCCUUUGCAGUUGCCCUGGCCAACGUGACCCAGCGCCUCAAAUGAAGAGACUGGUGUGGGGAGGAGAAAGCGGUCUGAUCGCAGACGCUGGAGGAGCCUGCACGGCCUGGUGCCCGGGGGACCAGAAGACAAGGGCAAAACUGGAAACGUCUGUCAGGCCCAGGGGAGGGCACUGACCUUUCGUUGUUGUUUGUUUGGGUUUUUAUUAUCCUUUAUUUUUUUUUUCUUCUCUUAUUUUUUUAAACAAAAGUAAAAUACAGGAGAGCGGUGUUUGCAAGCAAAGGGUGCGAGGCACCUAUCUGGUGGUGUUUAGGAGGCAUGGUCGCUGUGGGAAUGUCCUACUGGGUUUGCUUAUGUCGGCGACGGGACAAAGGGCCCUUCAGAGGGAAGGUUAGACUGCCUUCUCACCUGCUGUUCUUCUAGACGAGGAGUGUGCAUUGUUUUCAUUCUCCACAACAUCUAGCUUUUAUUAUUCCUCCAACAUCACUACUAGUGUAAAUAUAAAAAACUUGUUAAGAAAAACACAACCAAAAAAUCCUGAAGGUACAGGUUCUCUUGUGGGGGGGACAACGUUUAAUUCACGCAUAUUAUGUUAUUCCCCCAGAGGUGACUUGAUUAAUGAGGGGUAUUUUGGCAAAUGCACUGUGUUUGACUAAUAAAAGUAGGCGUUUUACGGGGGUGCUAUUACCAGGUAUAAAUACGAUUUGCUCAUGAGCUCGUAGGGGAAAGGAUGACGGGCGAGGAAGGAUCUCCUGCAGGUGUUCACGCAGGUGGCUCACGUCGUGUGACCUGAAGCAGUACAAGGGCCACGCUCCUCUUCAGAGGAGGUUUACACUGAAACCUCCACUAGUUUCCUACUACGUCAGAAUUCCGUUGGUUCAGCGAUCAUUCAGUCUGAUUGCCUUCGGGAGAAAGAUCCCCGAGUAGUGUGGUGUGGGGCAGCGAUUUUCUGGGCUGCGGUGGUGGCUCCUUAAGAGACCUGCUGCUGAGAAGUGGGCUUCACUCCCUCUCCCCUCUCAUUGUUGGACCUGGGAACUGUGCCAGAGGCGGUGUCUUCCCCAUUAGGUAACACUGUUCUAUACUUGCUCUUUCUAAAAAUGCUGACAACACUGAUUUGAAAGCACUCCUUUCCUCUUUGGGGCUGUAUUAAAAUUCAGUUGGUUAGAGAUGUUUUCCAACAGAUUAGAAAUGUAGCAAAAGAAAUGUUAGGCAUUUGCCAGGGUAUGAAAAGAUAAGAGUUAUAAUCAACUCUUUUGACAAGAGCCCCACAAGCUUUUCUAGAAAAAAAAAAAAAGUUGUUUAUUAACUUACAGACUGUUUACUGAGGAGAUAAACCACUGGGAGAAUGUGGUUAAAGUUACAGUACUUACUGUAGUUGGUUGACUAUUCUUUGUUAAUUUCAACAACAACAAAAAAAAUCCAGAGGUUCUCUUUUCCCACCUCCCCCUCCACGGAGGGCAAUACUCAGCCCUGAUAACAAGACCCAGUUCAUAGUUUUCAGUUACUGAUAUCUGUGAUGUUGUUUAGGGUAGGAACACAAGAACUGUGUACCAGUUUAGGGUCCUAAAUUUGGAUUUUGUUUGAAAACAAACAGGUGGAAGAUACUGCAGAAACGUUAUUUUCCCCAAAAAAAAAAAUUUGUUUUCAAUCUUAUAUUUUAGUUUAAAAAUUAGAAAAGAAACAGGCCCAAUGCAAGAUGACAUCACUUACCAUUUUCUUCAGACCCAGAAGAAACACAGGUGAGGUUUCAAAUAUGGUGAAGGACAUCUCCCAGCUAAUACCAGAGCUUCCCAUUUUAUAUUUUAAAAUAUUGAACCAGAUUCUUUGGUGGGUAAAUAUUUCCAGAAAGAAUUUAGCAAUGUAUUCAGAAUUAUAUAAUUCUUUUAUAUGAGUUUCUGUAGCUUAACAUGAUGUUUCAAUGCUUAUUAUCAGCUGUGCAAUAAUGGUUAUAGCCUAUUUCUAAAUAAUUUAAAUGCAGUUCCUCUGUUUUAUUGUCCAAAAGUUAAUUAUUUAUCUUGCUUUCAUAGUGUUUGUAGGAAUUAUUUUGUUACUAUGUUCUGGUGAGUUAUGCCCACUUUAUUAUUUAUUUAGAAAAAUAGUAUGUAAUGACUUAUUGGUGGCAGUAUAUUUUGCUGCAAGAAAUAAAAAGGAUGUGAUAGAAGGUUUUUUUUACUGGA